AUGGCCCCGCCAGGCUUUGGCGGCGCACUCGACACUCCGCGAACCAACAUUGGCGACGCGACAUACCUUCCCGAAUUUGCUGACGUCUCCCAGGAGGCGUCCUUUCAGUCGCCAGGCAAGGACGGAAACCUUCUUCAGCAACUUCGCAACGGCCGCUCCAAUGGCCUCAACCUCAGGACCCCCCGCCAGCGGGGGCCCCUCGCCGACCGACGAAACCUGCCACCAAGCGUCGGCGGCGCCGAGUUCACGCCCCUGCUCAAGUCGGCCACGAGGAACAGCGUGCGCCGGUACGGUAAGGAAAACGGCGCGGCCGUCCAAAACACACCAGUCCUCAACAAAAUCGACGAAGACGACAUGACGCCCAUUCCCCGGGUCGACAGUAGUAGUGUUGCCUCGACUCCGGCUGCCAUGCAACCCCGUCGCGGCAGGGAUAAGGGCCCUCUGCAGGAUGGGAAUCAACUGUCGCUACGCGAGCAAGAGAACGUCAUCGAUCGCAUCGAAAAAGAGAACUUUGGUCUCAAGCUCAAGAUUCACUUUCUCGAAGAGGCAUUGCGCAAAGCCGGGCCCGGAUUUAGCGAGGCUGCUCUCAGGGAAAAUACCGAGCUCAAGGUGGACAAGGUCACGAUGCAGAGAGACCUCCAUCGGUACAAGAAGCACGUAACCUCCGCCGAGCGCGACCUCGAGAACUACCGCCGCCAAAUGAUGGAGCUCCAGGAAAAGGCCAAGCAGCGUGAAGCCGACAUGGCCGACCUGCAACAUCGACUUGACCGGAGCCAGCAUGAUCGAGGCGAGUUGGAAAAAUUCAAAGACGACAUCGAGGACCUCGAGGCCGAUUUGCGGGAAAAGGACCGCAUCAUAACGGAACGCGAAGACGAGCUCGAGGAUCUCCGGGACAAAUUAGAGGACGCCGAGGACAGGGCCCGGGACUCGCAGCGGUUAGCCGCAGAGAUGAAAAAGGCCGAUUCGCAGGAGCAAGAGCUAGAGGAGGCCAAGGAAACGAUACAGGAUCUCGAACAGAACAUUCGUCGUCUCGAGGAACAGGUUGAGGACAUCAAGGACAGGAUGGACGAAGCCAUGGCCCAGAAAGAGCGAGCAGAACAGGAUCUCCAAGAGCUGCAGGAAGACAUGAACGAGCUGGACAAGUCCGGCCAGGAGUACGCCGCGCUUGAGAAGGAGCUCGGCCGCGCCAACGAAGAAAACGCCGAGCUCAAGGCAACCAUGAAGACUCUACGGCAGGAAAGCAAGGACUUCCGACAAGGCAGAGAAUCCGACUUGAUUCGGGAAUCUUCGUCGCUCCAGCAAGAAGUCAAAGGGCUGGAGACGCGAAUCCAGGAGCUCGAAGAGAGCCUGUCGCAGGAGCGGGAAUACGCUUUGGAGACGGAAAAGGACCUUCGCAACCAGUACAGUGGCGAGAUUGAGCGGCUCAACGAUGAAGUAUCCGACCUACAAGCUGAGAUUCGAGAAAAGGAUAAUCUCUACGAUAACGACAGCGAAAAGUGGGAAAACCAGAGGCAAACGCUGGAGUCUGAGCGGGACCGGGCCGAGGAGAAGGCCGUCGGUCUUCAAAGGACCAUUGACCGGUUGCGCGAAGCGGAGGGUAAUCUGUCGGAUAAGGAAUUCAAAUUGAAAGAGGCCAUUGAGAGCGAAACAGAGCGUCACAAGAACGAAGAGGCCAUUAUGACUCGGCAGAUUGACGAUCUCCAGGAUGCGCUGGAUACCCGCCAAGGACUACUCGUCAACCUACGCAACGAGCUGUCGUCGGUACGCGAGGAGCUUCGACAAACUCAGAUUGACUACCAGUCACAGGUCACCAAGGUCGUGGCUCUGGAAGACGAAGUGGAGGUCCUGCAGACGAGCUCGGCCGCGCGAGGGAGCCAGGAGCUCGAGACUGUCAAGCGAGAGUGCGACAAACUUCGAGGACAGCUGAGCGAGCUUAAACGGCAACAAAAGGAGUUCAAGCGCGGAGACAGCCCCGUCUCCGAUCGUGGCGCCCAGCAAUCCGCCGAGCUGACGGCCCGGCUAAGGAGUCAACUCUCCGACGUGACGUCUCAGCUGGAGAGGGCUACCAAGAAUCAGCAGUCUCUUCAGGAUCAGCUCGCGACACUCAAGGUGCAGCUUCACUCGUCAACGACGUCACUCGCCGAGGCUAGAGCAGAGCGCGACGAGCUCGACGACCAGCUUCGUCGUGUCAAUUCGCACGACAAUGAUACGCUCCAGGUCGACCAAGAGCGCCUUGAACUCCGGACAGCCAAGAUGAAGCUCGACAAUGAAGUGCGCCGCCUAAAGGACGAGAACAGAGCGCUGGCAGACCAGCGCGCAGCAAUCGAGAAGACUCUCGAGGACGAAUUCGAGCGAGCAGCAGCUGAGGACGAGCGCCUGAGACAAGAGGUCGUGGAGCUUCAGGCCAAGUUGCGGCAAACGUCAUCAUCCGAGAGCCAGGACCUGGCCACAGCCCGCAGGGCGGUGCGCGAACUCGAGCGCCGGAUCGAGGACUACCAGAUGCAACUUGCGAAUGUGCAGAUGCGAGACGGCGGGGACAUCAGCAGCGACCUGUCGAUGAUUCGAAAGGACCUUUCUGCAUCGCGCCAGAAGGAGCUGGAGUUUUUGCAGCGAGAUUCGGCCCAUCGAGACGUCGUCAAGGGCCUCAAGAAACAGAUUGCGGACCUGGAGCGGCAACUGCACGACGAGGAGGUCUUCCGGCUCACUGGAUCCCCAGGAGCUUCGCCUGCCCGGACCGACGAGCGCGGCGCACCACCAGCCUCGGAGCUGCGGGCACAGCUCUCGACGGCUCAGCGGUCUGCUCACGAAUGGGAAUCCAGGAGCCGUGACAGCGAACGAAGGGCGGCUCGGGCAACGCAGGACCUGCAGCGGCAGCUCAGCGACCUUGAGGACCAGAAGCUGGUGCUCGAGGAGGUGCUCGAGGAGGCGAGGCUACAGGCCGAGGAGACGGCCGCGCAGCACGACAAGGCGAUGCGCCGCAUGCAGCACAAGCUCGACCAGGCGGAGCGAGGGCGCGAGUCGGCGGUUGAGGCGCAGACGGCCAACAGCAAGCAGCAUCGUCACCUGCGUAAGAGCCAGGCCGAGGUGGAGAACCUCGAGCACGACGUGCGCCAGCAGCAGGACCUCAUCGACGGCCUCGUCGCGGCCGAGGCGUCGCUGAGGCGCAAGCUCGACCGGGCCCGCAGCGAGCGCGCCGCGUACCGCAUGAGCGCCGAGAAGCUGCAGCGCGACAUUCAGCGCCUCCAGAGGCCGGCCGCCUCUUCCCUGGCCCCCGCUGCCGGUGCUAGCCAGGGACUUGUCGUCGGCCACUUGAUGCCCGGCGGCACCGACGAGGCCCUCGAGACGCUGGUGCGUGCGGCCCAGGGCGCCGAGCAGCGCCACGAGAAGGAGCUCCGCGGCAUGGUGAUGCAGGUGGAGUGGAUGCAGGCCCGAUGGGAGCGCGAGGCGUCGCUGCGAUCUGACGCGGCCUAUGCAAAGAGGUUUCUGCAGCUGCAGCUCGACGUCGCCAACGCUUGCAACAAGGCCCAACUCCGCGAACUCGAGCACAUCCGCACAAACCUCCUCCACAGCCGCAAGCCACUCGCCUACCCGCCCGCCUCCGCCGACGACGACGACGGCCACCCGGCACGCGCCGCCGGCGGUAGCCGAGCGACCAAGGCGGCGCCGUCGCUACGCCCCGUGCUCAUCGCCGCGCGCUUCAUCGCCCGGGCGCGCAUCUCGGCCCGCGGCUGGGCCGGGCACGAGGCCGUGCGGCGCAGACUCGCCGCCGCCGUCGAGGAGCAGCGCCGCGCCAAGCGCUCCAGGCGUCUCCAGGUGGUGCCUGCCGACGCUGACGCGUGA